CAAGGGCUUGUUUGGCAUAGCGAUUGAGCUGGCGAUAGGAGAUCCAGAAUGUCAUCUGUGACUUAUAAACACGACCAGCUGCCGCAGAGUGUUAUUUCUCUCCUGGAAACCGGCAAAUAUGUUCAUCUGGGCACCGCCAAUGAAGAUGCCAUUCCAGAGGUUUCCCUGAUGAACUACUAUUACCUUCCUUCCAAGGAGUUAUACUCACCAGAGGCGGAGGAAGAAGGCCCAGAAGUGGACGUAAUCUCUAAACAGCAUACCUAUGUGAUACUCGCAAGCUCGAAGCUAUCGUUAAAGUACAAGAACAUCUCUGUGAAUCCACAUGUCUCUCUGCUGUUCCACGACUGGACCACUGCAAAGUCCAAUUUCAAGGCACCAAGUGAUAACAGUGAGGAUCAGUCGAAUAUACUCACGUUGCUGAAGAACUUGAACCAAUCAGAGCUGAGCCGAGUGAGUGCCACGCUCUCUGGGCUAGCAAGAAUCGUUUCCAACGGCGCUGAGCUGAACUACUACAAAACUAAGCUGUUAAAGGAGAACCCAGAGGCUAAGGUGUACAUCGAUGGUGAUGAGAAUGCCAUCAUUCUUGUCAAGAUCACCAGUGCUAAGGUUUGCGAUGAGCAGAACAACUUCACCGUGUACCACUAGUUAUUAUGUAAUAUUUCAGCCAAAGCCAUAGUUAACAUUGCACGUUUCAUUACGGUUAGUUUACAUUGUACAUUAAUCAGCAGAUCAAUUUGACGUCUAAACACAUGGUACAUUCAUGUAGCGUUCACAUCACACACGGCAUGGUGUUCUAAUUACCCUCUUGACCGAAAUCACGGGUGAAAUCUUCCUGCUUCUUCAAAUCCUCCUCAUUAACGGUUGGUCUCGAGGUCUUUAUAGCCUUUAUAAAGUCCUUUAUCGUCAGCUCUGGUUC